ACGAUUUUCUCCAGGGGCACUUGGAUUUUUAUAUCACUCCCUAUUCUCAAAACGAGAUACGCCGGUUUUACAGCGUAGAGUCGGCAAUGGGAGUUGGGAAGGCGCUUGGUGCUUGCUUGCUGGCUAGGGAGGCUUAAAGAGACAACAGCAAGACAGAGCGAGGGAGAAGGAGAUGAAAUCACGAGAAUAACUGUAAAUACCGGCAAAAUGGGAAUUCGCGCACUUUAGAAGAACACCCCGGACAGCCAUCCUUUAAAAACAGAGAGGUCCUGGAGUCCUGGAAUUACCCAGAGGUCAUCGCUGCUCGUCGCUGUCUGCCACCACCGCCGCCGCCGCUGCUGCUGCUACUACUGCUACCGCCAUCCGUCGACUCCGCCCUGCUGACGGGACUCGAGGAAUGUCUGCCGCGCUACCACAGGCUGGCCAGGAGGAGGCGAUGUGGCGCACGGGCGGGAGCAGCCAGGCGGCGCUGUGGGCCCACUAGCCGAGACCCGCGUGCGUGGCGCGUGGCGUGUGCGUGUUUCCGCGUGUGUGUGCGUGCGUGAGCGAGCGUGUGCGUGUGCGUGCGUGACCGCGCGCUACCUGCUCUGUCUGAGGCAAAGGCAUGCUACUCUGACAGAGGGAUCCGCUGAAGAAGAGAGGAGCGAGAAGAGAGGAGAAGAUCACCCCCUCGAGGAGCGCCCGCGGGAAGAAAGACAGACGGACGGAAGAAGAGAAGGAAAGGAUAACCUUCACCUCCACUGCUGCCGCCUUUCGGUUUUUAAACUUUUUUGUUUUUUUAAUGCACUGUUGCGUGCGCGCCUAUAGGGGGAGCCCCCUCCUCUGUGUGUAGCGCUCCCUCCCUCCCUCUGCGGCGCCCUCUGCUGGUAGUUUCGGUGGCUGUGAUUUGCAUGGCAGCGGAGUAACCGUGGAGAGGCCGGGCUACCACAAGCUUAUGGAUUUUGAGAAGAGAGGGAAGGGAGAGGCCGAGGAGGGUAAGAGGAUGUCCAAGGCGGCCGGGAGCCGGACUGGACACGGGGGCCGGGGCACGGGGACCAACUCCGGGGUGCUCAUGGUCGGCCCGAACUUCCGUGUGGGGAAGAAGAUCGGCUGCGGGAACUUCGGCGAGCUGCGGCUCGGCAAGAACCUCUACACCAACGAAUAUGUGGCCAUCAAACUGGAACCCAUUAAGUCCCGAGCUCCCCAGCUACAUUUGGAAUAUCGGUUUUACAAACAGUUGGGAAAUUCAGAGGGCGUCCCUCAGGUGUACUACUUCGGUCCGUGCGGGAAGUACAACGCCAUGGUCCUGGAGCUGCUGGGGCCCAGCCUGGAGGACCUGUUCGACCUCUGCGACCGCACCUUCUCCCUCAAGACCGUCCUCAUGAUAGCCAUACAGCUGAUAACGCGGAUGGAGUUCGUUCACACCAAAAGCCUGAUAUACCGGGACGUGAAGCCGGAGAACUUCCUGGUGGGCCGACCGGGGAGCAAGAGGCAGCACACCAUCCACAUCAUCGACUUCGGGCUGGCCAAAGAGUACAUCGACCCGGAGACCAAAAAGCACAUUCCCUACCGGGAACACAAGAGCCUGACGGGCACCGCGCGAUACAUGAGCAUCAACACACACCUGGGGAAAGAACAAAGCAGAAGAGAUGACCUGGAAGCUCUGGGUCACAUGUUCAUGUACUUCCUGCGAGGAAGCCUUCCGUGGCAGGGCCUGAAGGCAGAACCGCUGAAGAGCUUUUCAGAAAUAGGCGACCUCUCUACCCAUCAUGGGAAGUCACUGCCAUUAUCCUGUCCUUUCCUACCUGCAGAGGAAAUGGCCACCUACCUGCGCUACGUGAGGAGACUGGACUUCUUCGAGAAGCCCGACUACGACUACUUGAGGAAGCUCUUCACCGACCUCUUCGACAGGAACGGCUACGUGUUCGACUACGAGUACGACUGGGUGGGCAAGCCGCUGCCAACCCCGAUUGGCCCCAUCCCCAGUGACACGCCCCUUCAGCCCAGCAGCAGAGACAAAGCACAACAGCAGACCAAAAACCAGUCUCCUGAACCCAAAGGAAGCGAAUCUCAGCCCACUCCAGUGACCAAUAGGGAGCUUCUGGGGUCACAUCUCACAGCCGAUAGGCUGGGGGGGUCUGUGCAGGUAAUGAGCUCGACGAACGGGGAGCUGAACACGGACGACCCCACCGCCGGACACUCCAACGCCCCCAUCACCGCCCCGGCCGAGGUGGAGGUGGCCGACGACACGAACUGCUGUUGUUUCUUCAAGAGGAGGAAGAGGAAAGCACUUCAGCGGCACAAGUGAGGAAGAGGAAGAGGCCACGUCACGGAAGAGAACUCGAAACUUUGUGGUCACCGUCGAGUUUUAAACGGACGCUCACGGACCACCCACCCCCCUCUUUCUGACUUUGCAUUGGGGUUGCCCCCCGACCCCCCCUCUGGUGACACGCAGGAAGGAACGUUAUUGUCCCUCCCUGAUUGGUCAAGUUGGGUCAAGCAACAGACUGUGGUUCCUUUUUUUUUUUUUUCUUUUUUUUUUUUUUUUUUAAAAACAAAGAAAAAUAAAGAAACUCAAGUACAUACCGAAAAUGGGGGAUGCAGUAAAAAAUAAAAAAUAAAAAAAAGGAAAAGAUAACCGUAACUAUGACGCCCGGAAUACCGUGGCGUGAACAUUUAAAAAAAACAAAAAAAAAAAAAAAAAAAAAAAAAAAAGAUACUGUUUGAAACAGUUGUUGUAUCCUAGAUUCCAUACAGAACAUUAAAACUGUACGCCAGCCGUUUGAUCUGGACAGAAACGCAUGGAGAGGUCGAGUGAAAGAAGCGUGUUCCUUAGAUAUAGUGCUUAUUUGUGGGAUCAAGGUGAAUGAGAGGGGCGAGAGUGAAGUGUAGUAACGAUAACCCAAGAAUCAGUGAGAAAAACAGCAGGACACAUUUCAGCUAAACCACGUCUGGAGGAUUUUUAUCUCAGUUCAUUGCCCCCCCCACCCCCCACCAGGUUUUGUAAAAUCCCUUACGUUGUUUUCAAGGUUGGCUCUCCCUCUGCUGAAACAAGAUUUUACUCAUGUUGUAGUGUUCAGGAUUUUUUGUUUUGUUUUUCCUAAAAAAAAAAAAAAAAAAAUUUCUUGUUUGUUUUUUUCUUUUUUUUUUCCCUCCCUGUUACUAUGGACUUUGUAGCACAGUCAAUGGCCUCAGGUACUGUGGAAGAUUGAGAGAAACACUCAUUAAUUUCUCUUUAAAUUGCACUUUGGGAAAAACAGAAAACGGUGGAAUUCUGGACUUGAAAUACACAAACAAACAGAACUUAAUAAAGACUGAUCUAGGAAGAUUACUAUAUGAGGCUGAUCUCUGUGCAAGGCCGAAAUGUCCAUUUAAAUGAAAAAAAAAAAACUGUCUUUCAAUUUUAUUUCUCACAUCAGAGUAAUUUACCAGGAAAUCAUAGUUUGUGCCUUUCCAAGUAAAAUGUUUGAAGCUCCAGUAAAUGUCCCGCAAUGAACUUUUA